AUGGCACAGGAUGGCUCUGCUCAACAAUUCCUGCAGACGCCUGCAAUCGCUGCAAUCAAGGGCGACGCGGGCUUCGGGAAUGAGGUCACUCGGCACGCCAUGGAGAGAUCUUUCAGCCAGGACAUCCAAGAAGGCACUCAAGAAUUGAAGGAGGCGGCAGAACAAACACGCAAUAUCAUCCUUGAUCUUGGUCUAGAUGGCCACGUCCGGUGGGUCAGUCCGUCAUGGACCGAUGUGGUGGGAACCGAGCUGGAUGCUGUCCGCGGACACAAGAUCUCGGAAUUCAUCAGCGACAAUCCUGAGGUGUUUGAAACUGCCAUCGAGGCGCUGAAGCGCAAUGACUCCAAAAGCCAGAUCGUCAAAUUUGCCGUUAAGAUCGGCACCUCGUCUGACAUGGCACCCAUGCUGCCGACCGAGGACCGGGAGCCGCCUACGGGAGAUGAUAUCGCAACCGAUGAGGCCGAGCAGACCACGCUUGAGCUGGAAGGCCAGGGAAUCAUGGUUUAUGACCGAACCUCAGGUGGAGAGUCACAUACCAUGUGGAUGUUACAACCCGCUACCGAACCGAUACGCAUCGAAAUUGCACUCCCACAGGCCUUGGUCGAAACACUAGGAUUCGGUGCCGAGAUUCUCGCUAAAUAUCUCACCGAGCUCGCAGAGGCGGGAGCCAACGACCCUGAGAAUCAUCCUCCUCCGUUGCCGAUCCUCUGCCGUGUCUGCGAACGAUCCAUAGUGCCUUGGUGGUUUGAAAAACAUUCCGAUCUAUGUGUGCAAGAGCACAAGGCGGAGAUGGAUGUCCAGAUGAUCCAGGAAAACCUGGCAGAACACCGUCAUGCCAUUGUAAAGGUCCUGGAUGCCUUUGAGAUUCGUCAAGGAAGAUCUUCUGGCGCCGAAGCGUCCGCGACGCCUAGCUCCGUGCCAGAAUACAAAGGGCUGCCUAUUGGACCAUCCCCGACGCCCUCAUCUGGUGUCUCGUCUGCCUCAGUCUCUCAUACUGCAAGCCCUGUCAGGUCCAGAAGUCCAUCAACAGCAGGGUUGGGCCACUCUCGCGCCCGCUCGUUUGUGGUUCGGCGACCGCUCGUUCGCAUUGUCGAGCUUAUCCUUGACCUUUGUGACACCGCCCUCGAGAUAAAUGUACCCUCAUUCAAAGACAGCAAGAAUAGUGCCGAAGAUGACUUCAAAUCUCAGUCGCCAACCUCAGAGUCAAGAAUUGCACAAAUCAAACAAUGGCAACCUCCAAGCAGCUUGGAGAAUGAGCCCGGUUUAGCUGCCUUAAGCGCUGACACGGAAAAGUUAGCCCGCGCGAAGGUGGAAGCUAUUCACCGACAUCAAUAUAUCCUGGAAUACUCGGAACGCAUUCGUCAAGAAUACAUGGCCGAAGUGGAUGCAUGCAUCAAUGAAGCUUUGAUCAAGGCUGAGAGGGCAGCAGCAGGAGAAGCUCUCUCGUCUAGCGAAAGUGACUUCGAGGACGAGACUGGAAGGGGAGAACAUUCCGAGGGUCAGGAAGCGGUUGAUGAAUUCUUUGGGCAAGCUGGCGAGUCUCAAGACACGCGUAGCUUCUCGUACGUUGGCCUGAAGUCCAUGGCCUCGGCUCUUAGGAGUCCUCGCGAAAUAUCCAAUCUCGCCAUGAGAGAGCAACGACGCUCAUCUUCACAAGCAGUCUCAACGGGUUCGAACAGUCCUGUCGAGUGUCCCACGCCCAAGUCUCACAAGAGUAGUGCCAUCUCUCAACCACAGCCAAUAUCCAAUAGGCGGUCCAAGUAUGUCGAGGAUGCCAAUGACAGCGACAGCAGCUUGCCCUCAUCCGUGCUGUCCAACAACUGGCGUGCAGACUCGCCCUUCUCGGCCUCGGACCACGCCCGGACCACAACUUCAAGGGACAGGAAAAGAAGGAGUAUGCACCUUCACAGCCUCAAUUCUGCUUCUCCUCACCGCCAACAUUCCCCGGGAAGAUACCCGCCGCCUCCUCCUUCGCCACUCCGUAUGGCAAAGUCGAGGUUCCCUGCCGGUGAACUCGCCCAGUCGCCGGUUGGGUCGCCAUUGUUGACGGCCGGAGAGUUCAUGCCUCCGGUUGGUCAGACUCUGCAUCGGAGACAGUCAUCAAUGCAUUCGUCCGACAAGACCCCUUCCUCUCCGAGGUUGAACUCUAUUAGUCACCCACAACAGCGGGCCCAGCCUCCGUCAAUCAAAGAUUUCGAGGUUAUCAAGCCCAUCAGCAGAGGCGCGUUUGGCAGUGUUUACUUGGCCAAGAAGAAGAUCACGGGGGAGUACUUCGCAAUCAAAGUUCUCCGGAAAUCUGACAUGGUGGCAAAAAACCAAGUUACCAAUGUCAAAGCCGAACGUGCAAUUAUGAUGUGGCAAGGGGAGAGUGAUUUCGUGGCCAAGCUAUACUGGACAUUUUCGAGCAAAGACUAUCUCUAUCUGGUGAUGGAAUACUUGAACGGAGGUGAUUGUGCUUCGCUCGUGAAAAUUCUCGGAGGCUUAAGCGAACCCUGGGCAAAGAAAUAUGUUGCUGAAGUGGUUUUGGGUGUUGAACAUCUACACAGUCGCGGCAUUGUUCAUCGGGACCUGAAGCCGGAUAACCUCCUCAUCGAUUCCAGGGGCCAUCUCAAACUCACCGACUUCGGGCUCUCUCGAAUGGGUCUCAUUGGCCGACAAAAGCGUGCUCUCAAGCAGCCGGAUGAGCCCGCACCCGAUCUUCUGAAGCAAGGCCCCUUCACCCAUUCCGCUUCAGCUAUGGGCUCCGGUCCCACUUCAAGAUCUGCUUCUUUCGACUAUCAAGGGCCCCAUUCGCCUGCCCCAACUCCUCUCAUGACACCGGCUCUGGCAGGCGGCCUUGAUCAACCUUCUUAUUUCAGCUUGAACCGUGAAAGCUCCUUGAGCCGAGAGCUCUAUUGGAGAAGUCCAGGAGAUCGCAGUGAUAGUGGCUCAAGCUAUGAUCUCAAUAAUCUUUUCAAAAAGCUCGAUAUUCAGGAGAGCACCGACGCUCACCAACGGACAAACACCCGAGGGAACAUUGUUGAAGAAGAAUCUCACAGUCAAGGCAGCGCAUCACCGGAUCUUUUUCCCUUAUCGCAAUCAAUGAGCAACGUCUCACAAGGGCCCCCUCCUCUCGCCUCUUCUCUCGCCUCUUCUCAGGUGCUUCCCCCCCUCUUUGACCCCGAGGCAACUGAUCGGCGCUUCGUGGGCACACCUGACUAUUUGGCGCCAGAAACCAUCAAUGGAACGGGCCAGGACGAGAUGUGCGAUUGGUGGUCCCUGGGAUGCAUAAUGUUUGAGUUCCUCUACGGCUAUCCACCUUUCAACGCAGAGUCUACGGAGAAGGUGUUUGACAACAUUCUUCACCGGCGUAUCGCCUGGCCCGAAGACGACGAGAUAGAUGUCAGUCCCGAGGCGAGAGAUCUGAUUGAAAAGCUACUCCAACUCGAUCCUCGGGAAAGGCUUGGAGCGAACGUGGACGAGAAAUACCCAAGUGGCGGCCGAGAAAUUCAAGCCCACCCGUGGUUCGCCGACAUCAACUGGGGAACGCUGCUCGAAGAUGAGGCCCAAUUCAUUCCGAACCCUGAACAUCCUGAAGACACCGAGUAUUUCGAUUCGCGCGGCGCCACAUUGUCGUCAUUUCCUGAGGAGCUUGAGGACAUGGCUUCGCCAACCGGUACCACUCCAAACGGAACAGAGUACCCAAAUCGUCCCCAUGAUGCGUUGUUCCGCGCCAAGACGCAAGGAGGCUCGAGCAAACGAGGCCUCAUGCCUCUGCAUAUUCCUCCACACGUCGUCCGUGACUCAAGAAACCGACGACUCAGCGAGCCUGUUCUUGCUGAUGAUUUUGGGAACUUCACGUUCAAGAACCUGCCCGUACUGGAGAAGGCCAACAAGGAUAUUGUCGAGAAGAUGAGGAAAGAAGCGAUGCAAGCGCAGUCACGUGGUUUCUCGCAUUCUCAGGUCGCUUCUGCUGCCAACAGUCCGGCUGUCGGUUCCCCCGGACCGUCAGUUGAAGGGAGUCCAAUGAUGCCAAUGCCUGUGAAGCGCGCCUUAUCGAUCAGCAAGGGACAUAGGCCAGUGUCUCCGUCGAACUUGGGGACGUCCAACUCCUCGCCCAGCAGGCCCUCGCAGCCUUCGUCGCCGCUGUUGGUUCAGUUCUCCACGGCCCAGCACCACGAGAGAAGAAAGACUUCCGGGUCAUCGCAAGGGAGCACUACGCUCGUGCCUGGAAGCUUCUUUGAUAUUCCCUACGAUGCAGUUAAGCAUGGGCCUCCUAUUGCUUCAUCUCCUGGCAAACCCAUGCGAAUCCCCACAGCUUCCCCUGCGAAGGCAAUGGCUAUACCUUCAAGACAGACGAGUAUUCACGGCCGCACGCGUUCACAAACUGUUGGAUCACAAGAAAGUGACGGUCAAGCUCCUCGAGAGGUGUUUAUCCCUGGACACCACAAACGCCGGAGUCAGCUUCUUGUGCGGGACAUUUCACCGUCAUCCUCAGAUAAUGAAUCCGCACAUGCGAAAGCCCUGCUCAAGGUACAACGCCGAAGGCAAAGUUCGAGGAGAUUAUCACAGAUAAGCUUUCUGGAUGGUCCGGUUUACCGCCCCUUGGACGUAUUGAUCUGUGAAGACCAUCCUAUAUCUCGCAUGGUUAUGGAGAGGCUGUUCGAGAAGCUUCGGUGUCGCACCGUGACAGCCGGCAAUGGCCCUGAUGCGCUUCGGUUGGCAGUCAGCCAAAUCCAAUUCGACAUCAUCUUCAUGGAGUUCAAGCUGCCGCUCAUCAGUGGCGUAGACGUGGCGCGAAUGAUUCGGGAUACCAAGAGCGCCAACACUCACACGCCUAUUGUAUGCAUCACUGGUUAUCUCAAGGAUCUGCCGGAGAGCCAUCACUUCGACACGCUGAUGCAAAAACCACCGACAAUGCAGAAACUGACUGAGAUGCUCUGCAAAUACUGUGCCUGGAAGCCACCUCCCAAAGACCUCAAAUUGGCUACGCCACUGACCAUUCCACCUAUCAGUACCCGAUUCGAACCUACACGCAGUCAGGACAGUCCAAGCUCGGUGGCUUCGAGUCUGCCGCCCACCAUGCCCGAUUCCUCUUAUAAGGCUUCGAGUCGCGAAAAUUCAAUCGGUAGUGGCGGUUUCUUCAGCGACUUGGAAUCCUUCAAGAGCGAUGAUAUCCCUGUGAUUGUGUCUCGGGCCGCUACAGAUGAAUGGGCAAAAGGAGGGUUGGGCAUUUCUGACGACAUCGUAGUCAGCCAGCCGCCUUACGUUCAGAGCGGAUUUCCCCAUCUUGUUCACACAGAGUCUGCUCCUCCGAGUGUCCACGUAGAGGAAUCCAGCGGGUAUGGCCUGCGUACGCCACGGCGGCAGAAAUCCUCGGAGGCUGUCAAGACGAAACGCGAGCAUCUGGAAAAGAGCAUACGAAACGCUGCGGGCGCUGCCGAGGAAGGAGAUGACGAAGAUGAGGAACUCGGCGACGCACACGUCCGUGCUCGAUCGCCAAUUGGCAAGAGUACUCGCCAGAGCUCGAAACUAGGAACUGAAAUGCUCCGAACCAAUAGUCGCGGCAGCGUGAUCUCCUUGCACGACGAGCGGACGGCAGAGCCAGAUAGCCUUCGGAAAUCCCUGGAGAUUCUAGAAGAGCAGAUGGAGAAUUUGAGGAUUCCGGAAGAGCCUUCGAGUGCGAGCUUGACAUCAAUGCAACCACGCAAAGAGAUGGCGAGGACAGCUUCGCAACAUUCGCACCCUGGUCCAGAUCUCGAGCGCCCACCCAGUCGAGGUCAUAUCACACCCCCUAUCAUCUUUGCGCCCCAGCCGGGGACCAAGGUGGCAGACAUCGACAUGGACAACGACAUCACACCGGUGCCCAGUAAGACCAUUGAUCUGGAGGAGGAGCCGACUCCCAGACAACAAGGCACUCCAUCUGGACCACAAGGAAGGCAACCCCGCCAUUGA